AUGUUGACAGCGAUUGCUGAUGUUAAGGUCUUAUCAAAUGAUGGGUUACCUGAAAAAAUCUGUCAUAAAUGUUGUACUUCAUUAGAGAAAGCAUACCUGCUGAAAACUGUGGCAGAAAGAACUGAUAAAAAAUUGCGUACAAUCUUAUCAAAUGCAAUUCAACAUGUCCCGACAAAAAAAAUUGCAUUUGAUUCCUUUACUGAUAUCAAAAGUGAAAUUGGACCACUAUCUGUGAAAUCUGAACCAAAAUGGGAAAUGGAAAUAGAUGUGGAAGAAAAUGCUAAUAAAAAUAUUGAAACAAUGGAAGGAAAGGAUAUAGUAAUAGCAAAUACUGUUAUAAGAAAAGUAGAUCCAGAUAAUGAAGAAGAGAGGUUUGAUACUGUCAUUGAUGACAGAGUAGAUAUAAGUUGGAAGCCUUCAAAGACUCAAAGCGAUAAUGAUGAAGAUGAUAUUGAAUAUUUAGAGGAUGCAUAUCAUGAUGACGAUGAUGAUGAUUAUAUACCACCAACUGAGAAAAAUAAGUCAAAAUUCAAGAAACCAAAAUUAUGUGAUAUUAAAGUUUUUAAAGGUAAGAAGACAGUGGUAAGAAAAGUUAAAGUAAUAAAGAAACACAUGGAUGAUUUGGAAGAAAAUGGUAGCAAAAGUGAUGAGGUCAAACCAAAGUCUACAACAAUUACGUGUUAUCCAAUAUUGAAAAAUGGCUCCAGAGGUCCACCAAUACUAUUAAAAAGACCCAAAGAUGCAACAGUACUUAAAGUUCACCCAAAUUACAAAUCAAGAAGUCCAAGCAACUCGAUUGAUGGUAAUAGAAUAGUCCGAAGGGAAAAAUCGGUUCGAUUAGUCAGAAAUGCAAAACCGGAAACAAGAAAAAGAGAAAAGCUUGUAUGUCCUGUUUGUGGUAUACUUACUUAUACACUUGGAAAUCACAUUGCUACUCAUGAAGAAAAGAAAAAAUUCACUUGUACCCAAUGUCCCAGAUCAUUUGUACAAAGAAGUAAUUUACAUGUGCAUAUGAAGCAACACUCAGGAAUAAAGGAUCACAUUUGUGAAGUUUGUGGUGCUGGUUUCUAUACACAGAAAUCUUUAGUUAGACACAACCUGAUCCAUAAGGGUGACAGACCCUUCUCCUGCAAUUUAUGCACAAAGAAGUUUAUUGCUCGUUGCGAUUUGAACCGCCACCUGCGCAUUCACGCGGGCUAUAAGCCGUUCAAGUGCUCGAACUGCCCGAUGUCGUUCAACGCGAAACACCAGUUGCAAAACCACGAGCGUAUGCACACCGGGGAGCGGCCCUACUCGUGCCAGGUCUGCAAUGUGGCGUUCAGCUACAAAGUGAACUUAAAUAACCACGUGCUAAAGGCGCAUGGGCUCAAUCUUAAGUUCAAAUCAAUUCACACGGUGACAGAAGAGGUGCUAAGAAGGGAGAUGGGAAUGGUGAAUGAGACUCGUGUCGCCAUAGCACAUAUAAUGCCGCAUCUCAACGACGUGCCGACCCCCGCAGCUCAUGAAACUGUUCAUCAUACCACAGAGUAC